GGAUGAGUUGCUGUGGAGGAGGGGACAAACCUGCUUUCACCAAGUUUCCACCACUGACAGCACCCAGCUCAGCCUGCAGCUCACACUGGGACGGUCACCUGUCCUAAGGUGUAUGCGACAGGCAUGGGUUUUUUGGGACAUCACCUCUUGUCCCUGCAGAGCAGCCUGGCUGGCUUCAUCGGAGCAGGGCUCCUCAUCUACCUGGCAUGCCUCUGUGACCCAGUUGCUUCCCAGAGAGCUCCCCUCCGCCUGUCAGAUGGCCCGCACCGCUGUGCUGGCAGGGUCGAGGUCUUCUACGAGAACCAGUGGGGAACGGUAUGCGAUGACCACUGGGACCUGGAGGAUGCUAGCGUGGUGUGCCGGCAGCUGGGCUGCGGCACGGCACUGUCAGCCCCAGGGGACGGGCAUUUCAGGGCAGGGUCCGGUCCCAUCUGGCUGGAUGAUGUCAACUGCAUGGGGACGGAGGUUGCCCUGUCUUACUGCAGGACAAAGGGCUGGGCAGAGAACAACUGCCACCAUGGUGAAGAUGCCGGUGUGGUGUGCUCAGACUCAUCCAUCCACCCUAUGGCCAUCCACACCAGUCCUGCAGAGCUCCGCCUGGUGAACGGCACAAACCACUGCUCUGGAAGAGUAGAGGUGUUGCAUGACCACCAGUGGGGAACCGUGUGCGAUGACAACUGGAGCUUCCCCGAUGCUAGCGUGGUGUGCCGGCAGCUGGGCUGCGGGAUGGCAGUCUCAGCCUAUGGUGCAGCUCACUUUGGCCAGGGAUCGGGCCCCAUUUGGCUAGACAACGUUCAGUGCAGUGGGACCGAAGCUGCCCUGACUGAAUGCCUGGCCAGACCUUGGGGCAUCAACAACUGUGAGCACGGAGAAGAUGCCAGCGUUGUGUGCACAGGCACAGCCACGAACACACCAGCCCCUCUGCGCCUGGAGAACGGCCCCAACCGCUGCGCGGGACGUGUGGAGGUGCUCCACAACCAUCAGUGGGGGACAGUGUGCGACAACGGCUGGAACAUGGACGAGGCGGCGGUGGUCUGCCGGCAGCUGGGCUGUGGGACGGCCGUCUCAGCCCCAGGCUCGGCUCACUUCGGGCAAGGGUCCGGCCGCAUCUGGCUGGAUAAUGUGAACUGCACGGGGGGAGAAGCCGCCCUCUCUGAAUGCCAGACAAGGCUAUGGGGAGCCAACAGCUGUGAUCACCGGAAAGAUGCUGGUGUGGUGUGCUCAGAUGCACACACUUUGGGGCAGCACCCACUGCGGCUGGUAAACGGCUCGAACCGCUGCCUGGGGAGAGUCGAAGUCUUUCACGACCAGAAGUGGGGGACCGUGUGCGACGACACCUGGGACCUCUAUGACGCCGCCGUCGUGUGCAGGCAGCUGGGCUGCGGCGUGGUGCUGUCAGCACCAGGCUCUGCUCAUUUCGGGCCAGGGUCAGAUCCCAUCUGGCUGGAUGAUGUUCACUGCAUAGGGACUGAGUCCACCCUCAACGAGUGCCAGCUGAGCAACUGGGGAGAGCACAACUGUGGCCACAGCGAGGAUGCUGGCGUGGUUUGCUCAGGCACAAACCCCUUGCAGAUGCGGGUGCAGGACGGCCCCGGUCCCUGCGCGGGGCGGGUGGAGGUGCUCUACAACGCUACCUGGCACGGGGUGUGCAGCAACGGCUGGAGCUUGCUGGAAGCCGGGGUGGUCUGCAGGCAGCUGGGCUGCGGGCCAGCCCAGUCAGCGCCUGUGGGAGCCCAGUUCAGCCAGGGGGACGGCCAUGCCUUGCUGGAGGGACUGAGCUGCCGGGGGACGGAGUCGCUGCUCCUGGAGUGCCAGCAGAGAGAGAUGGGGCUGGGGCCGUGCAGGCAGGGCUCGGCAGCUGGAGUGGUGUGCAUGGAGCAGAAAGACCUUAUACAGGCCUGCCCGGUGCUGGCAGGCCUGCUCGGCGUGGGGGCAAUGCUUUGCGGGACACUGUUGGUCCUGUACCUGUGGACGAGGUGUGGAAGACGGGCUGGAAGCUCCCCAGACAAGCCACUUGUAAAGAAGACAGAGGACACCGGGAUGUCAUCCGAGGCUUAGGCAGCCACGCUUCUGGUGUUGACAGCAAGGCUCCCUCAGGACCCCAGAAGACCCUGUUCUGUGGAGCCAGAAGACCAGAGCAGUCACUGCGAUGGUCAGCAGAGAGUACCCCCUCUGGCAGAGCAGAGACCCCUGCCCUGUGUGCCCCAUAGCCCUCAGUUCACUGCGCUGACCCUCUGUGGGUCCCAGUUCCUCCAUGCAGCACUGCUAAGUCCCUCAGUCUCCAAGCAAGGUCUUCUCAGAACAACCCCUAUCUGGUCCUCUGGGUAGGCUCCAGCAUCCUAAUCCCAUCUGCACAGACUCCUCUUAUUCUCAGCCCUAUAGCUGCUAUAAUCCCUACCCCAGCCCUAUAGCCCCCUAUAAUCCCUAUAACACCCUGCAGAGCCAUCUGCAGUGGCACCCAGUGCCAUCACCCUCGCCGUGUUCCCAACGGGAUCAAACCUUUUCCCCUAAUCUCCAGUGGAAGUGAGGAUUACUUCCUGAUCCAGGAGCCAGCGAGCAGGGCGCUCUCCUGCACUGUAUACAACCACCUUUGCAAAAUGAGGAUUGCACUUAAAAGCCCAUUGGGGUGAGAAGUCCCUCACCCAUUGUAUUUAUUCAAUCUGCUUUUGAAUACCAGUAAAACUGAAACCUGAAAGAACGAGAA